CCCUGAUUAGAUGCAUUGUUUUGUAAUGGAUAUCCUGUCUUGCUUCUAAGAGGAAUUUCCAGGAAUGGAGGGACUCUCUGGCCCCCUGGCGUUAGAGAGGGUUGCAGAGGAGCUAAUGUGCCCAAUUUGCUUGGAGCCGGCGCAACUACCAGUCAACUUUGUAUGCUUUAGAGGGUGCGGUGGCCGCUUUUCGGCAGGCUCUACCUGCCUCCGCGCCGUGCUUUGCACCCAUUGCGCAAACGAAGCCCUGCAGCUGCACCGCCCUCCUGGCGAGCGCUUCCAGUCCACUAAUGGACUUGCGUCCUGCCUUAUAUGCCGUUCCACCCGCGUUGACGCCGGCUGCUCAGCCCUGACAGCGCCUACCUGAGCAACCAUAAUGUCAUGGCGGUCAUGGAUGCGCUGGGUAUGGGGGGUACCUGCAGGCACUGCCCCGGCCUCUCCUUCCCCUCCCAGACCGCCCUCCUCCACCACUACCUCCGCUCCUGCCCCGCCGCGCUGGUGCCCUGCCGCUUCCGUGGCUGCGCCGCCUGGCACCCGCGCGCCACCGCAGCCGCCCACGAGGCCACAUGUCCCGUGGGUCGGUGCCCCUGCAGCCAAUGUGGCUGCUGGGUGGACCGCAGUGAGCUGCUGCGGCACCUGGUGUCCGCAUGCAGGCAGCGGGUGGUGCGGUGCGUGCUGUGCUCGCAUGCUGCGCCGCUGCCCGACAUGCUGCAACACCUGCGGCAGCACCAGCGGCAGCUGCUGCUGUCGUCGUCGCAGGGGCAGGCGGAGGCGAGGCAGGGCGAGGAGGCGGUGGCGGCUGCUGCCAGGGAGGACGGAGCAGGAGGAGGAAGAGGAGGGAGGAGGCAGGAGACCGUGGGGCCGAAGCCUCCUGAGGUCCCGGGUAUGAGCAUGGCAGCGGUGACUAUCACGUUGUCCGGACCAGCCGUGUUAGAGCAGCUUCAAGCCUCACAGCAGCAGCAGCAUCACCAAGAAGGAGCAGCGCCCCAACGGGAACUGCAGCGCCGUGCUGGGACAGCGUCACAGCAGCAGCAGCUAGCAGUGGCACCCGGACAACAGCUUUCCAUGGAUGCCCCAGAGGAGGCACAGCAGGAGCACGGCCCAAUGCGGGCCGGACAAGCACCGCAGGAGCGGCAGCAGCUACGGCAGCAGCAGCAGCAGCAUAGAGGGCAAGGUGAGGGACAGCAUCAGCAUCAACACGGAGAAGAACAAGAGCAGCAGCUGCAACUGCCGUCACAACCACAGCGGCAGCGGCAGCAUCAAUCGCAGGAUGUGCCCUACGAGAGGCCCUACAGCAUCCUUGGCAGCUUGGGCUGCAGGCACAGCAGCCGCCCUCGCAACCACAUCAAACACAACCACCGCAUGCGCAACCAACGCUACCAACGGAGCAGCCAGGAGCUGCUGCGGUGCAGCUGCCCAGCAGGCAGCAGCAACAGCUACCUCACGAACAACGGCAUGGUGCGACGCAGCAGCAGCAGCAGUUACAACAACAGCAGCAGCCACAGCGGCAGCAGCCAGUAGAGUACGACUCCGAGCAGCUCCGGCAGGUGCGGCUGCUGUUGGAGGGCUGCUGCGUCGAGGGCAGCAGCAGCUGCUGAGGGCUCAGGAGAGCGGGGGGAGAGCCCAGGUGCUGGGACAGGAUGCAAUCCAGCAGCCGCAGCAGCUGCCACCCCACCCCGGCGGCGGUCGAGAGGCGCGUUACAGGUGGUACAGCGCCAGCAGCACGACACGGCGGUAGCGUCCCGCACCAGCAGCCUAGUCUUCAAACACGCAGCCCACAGCAGCAGCAGCAACAACAGCAAAGACCGCAGGCAGUGCAGGACCAAGUGCAAAGCCAACCUGAACCCCAACCGCACACCCAACGGCCGCCGCAGCAGCCUCAGCAGAGGCCACGCGGCGACAUCUGGAGCCUGCUGGCUGCUGCUGCAGCCGUACACCCGCGCUCCCAUGCGCUGCAGCCGCCCCUGCGCUGCUCCCCCC